GAUCUCAUGGAAGGAGAGCUUUAUUCUGCUCUCAAGGAGGAAGAGGCCUCUGAGUCUGUUUCAAGUACAAACUUCAGUGGUGAAAUGCACUUCUAUGAGCUUGUAGAAGACACAAAAGAUGGGAUCUGGCUGGUACAGGUCAAUGAGUGGUCCUUGAAGAUAAGGAAAGAAAUGCGAGUGGUUGAUAGACAGAUUAGAGAUAUUCAGAGAGAAGAGGAGAAAGUGAAGCGCUCGAUAAAGGAUGCUGCCAAGAAGGGGCAGAAGGACGUGUGUGUCAUCCUGGCCAAGGAGCUGAUCCGCUCGCGGAGGGCUGUCAGCAAACUCUACGCGUCCAAAGCGCACAUGAACUCCGUGCUCAUGGGCAUGAAGAACCAGCUUGCUGUGCUCAGGGUAGCAGGCUCGCUGCAGAAGAGCACCGAAGUUAUGAAAGCUAUGCAAAAUCUGGUGAAAAUUCCCGAAAUUCAAGCGACAAUGAGAGAAUUGUCCAAAGAGAUGAUGAAGGCCGGAAUCAUAGAGGAAAUGUUGGAGGAUACGUUUGAAAGUAUGGAAGAUCAGGAGGAAAUGGAAGAGGAGGCAGAGAUGGAAAUCGACAAAAUCCUCUUUGAAAUAACAGCUGGGGCCUUGGGUAAAGCGCCCAGUAAAGUCACGGACGCCCUUCCGGAGGCGGAACCCAUGGGAGCUGCUGCUGCCGCUGCUGUUGAUGAAGAGGAGGAUAUUGAAGCAAUGCAGUCCCGCCUAGCAACGCUCCGGAGCUAGGGCUGAAAUGAACCUGUACAGUUUGCCUUUUUUUCUCUUUUUUUUUUUUUUUU